CUUGUCAUUUUAUUAUUUUACAUGUAUACAUGUCAAACAUGAUUCUUUCAUUUAAAGUAAAAGAAAGAAAAAAAGAGGGGGGGGCAAAUGAAUAGGAUUUGAAAGGCUUACUUUAUUUAUUUUUGUGUAUGUGUGUGUGUGUUAGAGGACUUUGACUACACAAGCAGUUAAAAAGCCAUGUAGGGUUUUUUCUGGCAUUCAACCAACAGGCACACCUCAUUUAGGCAAUUACCUUGGUGCAUUAGCUAAUUGGGUUCGACUACAAAAGCCUGAUCCAGUAACAGGUCAGGUGCCCCUUAAUUAUUAUAGUAUUGUUGAUCUUCAUGCUAUCACCAUGCCUCAGGAUCCAGCUACAUUACGACAAGCCAAAUUAGACGUCACUGCUACUUUACUUGCUUGUGGGGUAGACCCGAAACAAUCUAUUUUAUUUGAACAAAGUCGAGUCAGAUCGCAUGCUGAAUUAGCAUGGAUCUUUAAUUGCAUCACACCUGUAGGUUGGUUAGGUCGUAUGACUCAGUGGAAGAGUAAACUGGAAAAAGUGAAUGGCAGCCAUGCUCACUCACUUUCUGAAGAGACCCUUAACACGGGGCUCAAAAUGGGCUUGUUUGAUUACCCUGUUCUACAGGCUGCUGAUAUUUUACUCUAUAAGGCUACACAUGUUCCUGUAGGGGAAGAUCAAAUACAACAUUUGGAAUUAACUCGCGAUAUUACAGAUAUAUUUAACAAGAGGUUUGGCAAUGUGUUUCCAAAGCCUAAUGCCAUUCUACCUCCAUCUGCCAAACGUAUCAUGUCUUUACGUGACCCUACUCAAAAGAUGUCCAAAUCGGAUCCUGCUGAUUAUUCGCGACUGAAUCUUGUUGAUCUACCAGAACUCAUUCGAUCCAAGAUUGCAAAGGCCACAACGGAUAAUAUUCGAGGUGUGUCAUAUGAUCCAGUAGAGAGACCAGGAGUUUCAAACUUGCUUAGUAUCUAUGCCGCUAUGCGUGAUAUCGAAGUAGAGGAAGCAGUGAAAGAAUGUGCUGAUAUCACGAGUACAAAGGCCUUUAAGGAUAGAGUGUCAGAUGCUAUUAUCGAAAGAUUAAGUCCUAUUCAAUCAGAGUUAGUGCGAUUACAAGCAGAUAAGGGUUAUAUAAAUAAAAUUUUAGACGAAGGUGCUGUCAAAGCGAAUGAAAUUGCAAAUAAUACAAUGGAAGAAGUUUUUAAGGCUGUUGGUUUAAAAUAAAUUACAUUUAUUGUAUUUUUUUUAACUAAAAAAGGAUAAGAAUGUACAUAUUAUAACUUAA